CCAGAAGGAAAGUCUCAUAUAGAACUCAAAAGUAACUUUUAUCUUCAAAUUUCUUCUGUAAACUUCCAACAAAAUGGCCCGCACCAAGCAGACCGCGCGCAAGUCCACCGGUGGCAAGGCGCCCCGCAAGCAGCUGGCCACCAAGGCCGCUCGUAAGACCCCCGCCACGGGCGGUGUGAAGAAGCCUCAUCGCUACCGCCCCGGUACCGUGGCGCUGCGUGAGAUCCGCAAGUAUCAGAAGUCGACUGAGCUGCUCAUCCGCAAGCUGCCGUUCCAGCGCCUGGUCCGUGAGAUUGCCCAGGACUUCAAGACCGACCUGCGCUUCCAGAGCCAGGCCGUGCUGGCGCUGCAGGAGGCCGCUGAGGCCUACCUGGUGGGCCUGUUCGAGGACACCAACCUGUGCGCCAUCCACGCCAAGCGUGUGACCAUCAUGCCCAAGGACAUCCAGCUGGCCCGCCGCAUCCGUGGAGAGCGCGCCUAAGCGUCACUGCUUGCUAGUGCUACCCCUUUCUCCGGCAUGACGCACAACAAAAACUCGGUGUUUCUCAACACCACCUGGAUCUUAAUGGGUUGGGAUGGGGCGGGGCAUUGCAGGGAACCCCGGCCCGGCUGCGUGUCCGAAAGAUUGCAUUGGUUACAAGAGGGACUUGCUGACGCGAGUCCGAAAGGAUGACGUGUCGCUUGCGGGCAGCAAUGCCUGGCCGUCAGUCACGCCAGCCAAGUGUCCGUUCAAUCCAGUGGUCAAGUGCAGCACUCCAAGCCGCAGCCCCACUGCUGCUUCCUGCCGAUUGCCCAAAGCCACGCUCCUCUCGAGCCGUAAUCCAUCACAACUAGCCACGAAGCCGUGGCACGGGAAUAGGGGAGAUAUGCCAUCGAAGACUUGAUGCACCGAUUCUGUCGGCACCAAACUCAAUACUGGCACAAACCGCGAGUGGCACCCAUUACCGUAGUAUUUAGUAGGGCUUAUUGAUCGCAAAUAGGCUGCGGGUCAAAGCUGCGGCGGUAGCGCAGCCCUGGCGACUGCGGCGGCGGCGGCGCAGGACCUGGCGGCGGCGGCGCAGCGCAGGGCAGCAGUGGCGGCAUGCAUGUGCGUAGCAGAGGGGCAGGCAAGGCCACGUGGAUGAGGAGAGCGCGACGCCGCCCUAGAAGCGGCGCCGGCGCGCAGGUUGAGGCCGGCCGGUGUCUGGUUUCCUGGCGAGCAUAGCACCGCACAGUAUGUGGUAGGCCGCAGCAGUGAGGAGCGUUGGGGAUAGAGGAUUUCCUGCUGUUUGGUUGAUUACUGGCUGUGCUUGUGCUUGGCAGCGGGAUGUGGCUGGACGCAUGGCGGGCCGUGCCUGUACAAACCGACUGUCCGGGAGAUGAGGCAGACGCUUACGGCCUCAGACUAGACAACAUGUAACCAUGCAAUCUAGGCAGGACUAGAGACGUGGCGUCGGCGCAGCCCACGUUUCCCAUGCGAUGGGAACCACAUAUCUUGUUCAUAAUCCUCUCGCCCCAUCUUGUCGAGCCCCUUCAUGCCGUGCAAGUACGCGGUUCCAGCCCCUUUCGCCAGCGGCGGCGGCCUACCUCUGGAAGGUGCAAGCCCCAGGGGCGGGGAUAGAAAGCUCAGGUUCUUACCCCAUGCUCAAAACUAGAGAGCAUCAUGCAGGAUUGCAGGUGCUUUGAGUCGUUUUAGUCUUCCCAGGGGGUGUCUGGUGAGGGGCCGCCAAAGUUGGGGGUCGAUGUCGUCCCUGGGGGUCCGCCGGGUUUCGGGAGCCUGUCCUGGCGGAUUUCGGGAAGCACCCCAUAAGCAGAACUAGGGGCCAAACGCAGCACAACGAGGCUAGUAUGUGAACGCUAUGCCGUUUUAAGCGCAAACCAAGUGUAGGAGGGCUGAGUUGCGCGUCCUGGCGUGGACAUGGCAAAUGUCCCCACGUUCGACACAAGCUCACUGACACGGCUGGGCUCUCAAGCGCUGGUACGCAUGAAUUUAUGUCUGACAAGGCUGCCGAUGCACACUGUCCAUUCGUCACGCGGCUGGCGGCAGGGAGCGCGGGGUGGGCUGGGCCGAGGGGAAUUCCAUGGAUCCCGCCUGUGACCGAAGUCUCGGAAUAGGACCGCUGAUGGAACGGAGUGAUAGUGCUCGUCAAGAGGAGUCGGUUGACACCACUUGGGUAUAAGUUGGAGGGUUUUUUUACCCCUAAACAACAAGGUUUUGUCCGGGGGGGGGGGAUGGUCAUCCCCUCAAGGGGAGUCCCGGGGGAUUUCGGGGCAUGGGGUCUGACACUUUGCUUCCUGCCCCCCUUGCAAGCCCUGCCAAUCAGGAUAUCUUAUUUCAGGAGUCACUGGGUGUACUGCACUCAACGCAGAGCCCGACUGAUAGACAUAGACAGACAUGUGACAGGCUUUACAGGGAAGCGCCCGUAAGGCAGACCUGAGUAAGAGCUUUGUUUUGUUCGUAAGCUUCGGGGCACAAAUGAACCUGCAGGUUCUACCCUGAUGACCUGUAACACUCCUAGGUC